CCAAGCUCAAUAUAGCUACCUGGUUGAUCCUGCCAGUAGUCAUAUGCUUGUCUCAAAGAUUAAGCCAUGCAUGUCUAAGUAUAAAUCGUUUAUACAGGGCACGACACCGGAGAGGGAGCCUGAGAAACGGCUACCACAUCCAAGGAAGGCAGCAGGCGCGCAAAUUACCCAAUCCCGACACGGGGAGGGUUCUUUUGGAUCUUGUAAUUGGAAUGAGUACAAUUUAAAUCUCUUAACGAGGAACAAUUGGAGGGCAAGUCUGGUGCCAGCAGCCGCGGUAAUUCCAGCUCCAAUAGCGUAUAUUAAAGUUGUUGCAGUUAAAAAGCUCGUAGUUGAAUUUCGGGAUCAAUAUUUCGGUCAUGCCGACUGUUACCUUGAAAAAAUUAGAGUGUUUAAAGCAGGCUCACGCUUGAAUACAUUAGCAUGGAAUAAUGAAAUAGGACAUCCGAUUCUAUUUUGUUGGUUUCUAGGAUCGAUACUAACUACUGCGAAAGCAUUUGCCAAGGAUGUUUUCAUUAAUCAAGAACGAAAGUUAGGGGAUCGAAGACGAUCAGAUACCGUCGUAGUCUUAACCAUAAACUAUGCCGACUAG